AUGACAUCAACUCUCGCCGUCAUCGUGAAUCGCACUCUUCAGCGAAAUGGAGUGGGUAUAUGUUCUGCACGUACAUUAGUGUCGAGCGCAGCACAAAAGAAAGAAGCACCGAAGAAGACAUCCUUUGGUCCAUUGAGUGAUAACGAUCGAAUAUUCACCAAUUUAUAUGGACGUCAUGAUUAUAAAUUGAAGGGUGCUCUUGCAAGGGGGGAUUGGUACAAAACCAAGGAGAUAAUAUUGAAAGGUCAAGAGUGGAUUCUCAAAGAGAUCAGCACAUCUGGACUCCGCGGUCGAGGCGGCGCCGGUUUUCCAAGUGGUAUGAAAUGGGGUUUUAUGAAAAGACCAUUUGAUGGACGACCGAAGUAUUUGGUGGUGAAUGCAGACGAAGGUGAGCCAGGCACGUGUAAAGAUCGUGAAAUAAUGAGACACGAUCCACAUAAAUUGGUGGAAGGUUGUCUCAUUGCGGGCGUUGCGAUGGGUGCUCGUGCUGCUUAUAUUUAUAUCCGCGGUGAAUUCUACAAUGAAGGUUGCAAUCUGCAAGAAGCUGUUCAUGAAGCUUAUAAGGCGGGUUAUCUGGGUAAGGAUUGUUGUGGCACUGGUUACAGUUUCGAUAUAUUUGUUCACCGUGGUGCCGGAGCUUACAUUUGUGGUGAAGAAACGGCAUUAAUAGAAUCGUUGGAAGGUAAGCAAGGAAAGCCUCGCCUCAAGCCACCAUUCCCAGCAGAUAUCGGUUUAUUCGGAUGUCCAACCACCGUCACAAACGUUGAGACCGUAGCUGUAGCACCAACGAUUUGCAGACGUGGUGGUAAUUGGUUUGCCUCGUUUGGAAGAGAACGAAAUCAUGGUACAAAACUGUUCUGUAUCUCUGGAUGUGUCGUGAAUCCGUGCACGGUUGAGGAAGAGAUGUCGAUUCCACUCAAGGAUCUUAUUGAACGUCAUUGUGGUGGUGUUAUUGGUGGUUGGGAUAAUCUUUUAGCUAUCAUUCCUGGUGGUUCUUCUGUACCUCUCAUACCCAAAAAAAUAUGUGAGGAAGUAUUGAUGGAUUUUGAUUCGUUGGUUCAAGUGAAGAGUGGAUUGGGUACUGCUGCAGUGAUUGUGAUGAAUAAACAGGUCGACAUUGUCAAGUGUAUUGCCAGACUCUCGCUGUUCUACAAACAUGAAAGUUGUGGACAGUGUACACCAUGCCGUGAAGGAUGUCAUUGGCUGAAUAAAGUAAUGUGGCGUUUCGUGGAUGGCAGAGCAAAACCGGAUGAAAUUGAUAUGCUGUGGGAGAUAAGCAGACACAUGGAGGGACAUACCAUCUGUGCACUUGCUGAUGCAGCCGCAUGGCCUGUACAGGGUUUAAUUCGUCACUUCCGUCCGAUGCUAGAAGAAAGGAUGCAACAGUACAAUAUUGGUGACAAUAGAAAGGCAGCGACCGCUUAA